AUGGCCUGGAAGUCGGAGGCCCUCACACGCGAGAGUACAAUGUACACCCGCGAGGAGAUCCUCGACAUCAUCGCCGAGUGCGACCGUCAAGACGCCGCGGCGAGGGGCACCCCGGUCAUUACGACCACCUCCAGCGACAAGCAGACGGACAAGCCACAGCCUCGGGUGCACAUCCGCGCGGCGCACUGGAAGGAGCACGACGGAGAGGAGUAUGAUUUCUUCUGCGAGAUGGACGAGUUCGAUGCCAGUGAUGCCGACGAGAGCUCACGUCAAUGGUCCUCGCUCGUCCCUAGGCUGCGCAGCCCCUUCUCCAAAGACAUGGCACGCCGAGUUGCGCUGGCAUUCGGAUUGAUGUGUAUCUGUGGGUGUCUGCCGGUGCUUCGAGCCCACGGCUUUCACAUCUACUCGGUCACCGAGGCGCCAUAG